UUUUCUAAAUUUUUAUAAUUUGAAAAUAGAAAAAAAAGAAUAAUAAAUUAAUUAAUAAAAAAAAUAUUUUUAAUCCGCUUAUCAAAAAUCAUAUUGCGACAAGGAUCUGUAUGUAUAACUUUGUAGGACUCCCUGUUUCCGUCAUAAUAAUAUUAAUGAUAUUAGCUUUACUUACACAUCAUCUUUACUCAUCAUCUUUUGUUCCCCAUCAUAAAGUACGGGAAAAUGAUCCCGAAAACUUAAAAGACGAUGCUAAUCAUGAGGAUCUCCUAAUCAUUCCAGUGGGAAAUUCCAGAGUCCUCCACACCAAAAAUGGGGCUAUAAUUGGUUCCACUUGGAAAAUCGGAAGCAGAGAUAGCAAUUUUGUUAUGGUAGAACAAUUUUUAGGCGUCUCCUAUGCAUCUAAGCCGUCCCAAAGGUUCAUGCCAGCAGGGCCGCCAGUCAAAUGGAGAGGCCUCUUUAAUGCUACGCGUCAUGGUCCUAUAUGCCCACAAAAGGUUGAUCAGAUAUUAUGGCAUGAGAAGGAAGAUAAAGAUAUCUAUAAUGAUUCACUUUGGAAUAGGACGAAAUCGGGAAAUUAUUCAUUUUUAACAACUAGAAUUGAAAACUUAAUUUCUAUCAUGUACACUGAUGGAGUAGUACCGAAUUACGAUCAAAAUGAAGAUUGUUUGAACCUCAAUAUAUAUUUGCCCUCUAUUAAAGACAAAUCAUUAAAAUAUCCCGUUCUCGUUUACCUUCUUCUUGAUUCGUACAAUGCGGGAACCGGAAAUACCUACGAUGGGAAAAUAAUGGCUGCCAAGCACGACAUUAUAGUUAUUACACUAAAUCUUAGGCUAGGCAUAUUCGGAUUUUUAACUACCGGAGACUCGAUUAUAAGAGGUAACAAUGGGUUUCUAGAUCUCUGCGCUGCUCUACAAUGGAUUCAGGAAAACAUAAUUAAUUUCGGAGGAGAUGCUUCUCAGGUUACGAUAUUGGGAUAUAAUUACGGGGCAGCUUUAUCAAACUUGUUAAUGGUUUCUCCGAUCUCAAAAGGUAAAUUUAAAAGAAUCAUACUGAUCGAUGGAUCGAUAUAUUCGCAACCUAUCAAAUUACGGAAACCGCCAUACACCACAAACCUUUUGCUAAAAAUCUUCAAUUGCACAUCGCCAAAGAAUCUUCAAACUAAUAAUGGUUCUUCCAAAAUAAUGUCAUACACUUUAGCCGAAUGUUUAAAAAAAAUGGAACCUAGUGAAAUCCUCGAAAUAACUCACAAGUUACACGUAGGUCUUAUAAUUUGGUCACCUCAUAUAGAUAAUUUUGUAAUUCCUAACAUUUAUCAAUCGCGUAGUGACAAUAAAAAGCUAAUAAAACAUGACCUAAACCCCGAUUUUAAUUUGAUGGUCGGUUUGAUCAACGAUUGUUCACUUCAAAAGUUCAGAUCGUAUUUAAAGGAAUCAUUAAAUAUAAACGUUCUGGAAGAUCCGGAAGUAUCAAAAUCAGCAUCGUCAUCCCGCAAUAAUUUCGUAAUUUGGAAACAGGUGGUUAAUAGGUUGGUGAUAAAUAAUUUUUUCAAUCAUCGGAAACACAUUUAUGCCGCCAUUGCCAAUGAAUACCUUAAUUGGGAAAAAUUGUACAACCUUUCCCAGUGGAACCUUAUGAAAGAUCUGAAAGACGUUAUCAAAGAUUUUACGCUUUUCGCUCCCACUAUUAAAAUGUUGAACCUUUACUCACCGAGUGUGUCUUCGAUGCUAUGGAUCUUGGAUCCACUAAUAACAAAUAGACCGGAUAAAAAAUCGCAAAACAUAUUUAAUUACUGCCCCUUUUCUUACUCCCAUCUACCCUAUUUACUCACCGCUUACCCUUCCAUGAUCAGGCCAAAUAUUUUUGAAAGAUUAAUUAACAAGACAUUUAAAACCAUUUUUAUAGCAGCUGGCCAAAACUCUUCUUCAAAUAAAACUCUAACACCUGAAGUCGUUGUCAUUAUGAAUAAAAUUUUAAAGGCGAAUUAUUACUAUUCCCAAAUGAUAACUGACACAAUAUCUAAAUUCGUGAAAUCGGGCCAAAACACGGAUGUCAAGAGAUCAAAAAGGCAGUUUUUAAACGAUUCAUCUGCCAAUGUAUCCUCGAUUAAUUAUGAUAUCAUUAGUCAAAGAUAUAUUUCGAUAACGAAAAAUGGCACCAUCGUCGAUAAUCAUUACGAAGCUAGAAGAAUGGCACUGUGGAACAGGUUCAUUCCAAUUUUGAACGCGAACGAGGAACCAACUAUCUCUUUUACCGCAAGUAAAAAUAAAAAGAUGAACGAAAAUAAAAAAUCGAAAUGGUUACACGACGUUAAGAAUAAUGAUGAAAAGGAUAUAGAUGGAAAUAAUUUUGCGGCAUACGAACAAAUUUUAGAUAUGGACCUAGAUUAUGAAUCCGAUUACCGCGAUUCAGAAUUUCCUCCCCCUCCCCCGUUACCUCCCGCUACCAUACCCUCCAUGGUUAUGGAAAAAAUUAUGCGACCUCAUAAACUCGAUAAAUUGAUCAAAGAAGAACCAAAUCAGAAUUCCCACUAUUCGGUUGAUGAUAACCUGCAAUAUUAUAAUCCCACUUUUUCGAGUCACUUGCAAAUUCCUAUAUUUCCCUUUCGGAACACCCCUAAUGGAAAUAACCAUAAUAAUAGGGCUGUUAAUUAUUCAUUAGGACUCGAUGAGCAAAUGUAUCUCCAAAAUAUAAAUGGGUACAAAUAUUUUGACGACCGUGAAUACGCUAAAACCCGGCGUUUAAAAUAUAAUUCCGUUCUGAUUAUAACUUUGGGAGUCGGGGGGAGUUUAUUAAUAAUUAAUUUGCUAAUUUUGGGGGCUGUUUAUCACCAACGGGUUAAGUCUUACCAAUACCGAGUCAAGCGCAAAGUUUUGAUACCUCAUGCUGAUAAUAAUUGCCUUUAUAAAUCUAGCCAAGAUGAUGGCAAAACAGUAGAUGAUUGCAUCUGCCAAUAUCACAAAGGAUGCAAAGAUUCCUGUUUCAAAACAUCUAAAUCUCACAAGGGAUCCGUCGAGGAAGACGAUUUAAGUUUUCGACCUAAAAAAAAUGGGUCCGUCAAAAAAAAUUUCAAUAGAGGUAAUAAAAAAUGGAAAGGUAAGCAUAAAAAUGAUUGCUCCAAAUUGUUGUGCAACAACGACAAUACUAAUAAUAAUGAAUUUAAGAAGUUCAAAUCUAGCGAGGCAUCCGACACUGACAUAAAAAGAGAUACAUCUGACAAUAAGUCGGGAAAAUUUUAUAAUUUAGGCAAAACAACCGCCUCUUUUACGAAUGCCAGUCAUAAAAAUGACAAAUCGUUAUUCAUAAACAAUAUGUCGGAAUUCAACCUGAAAAACCUAAAGAAUGACCAUGAUCAUGAAAUAUGUACAAAAUCGUUUAACAACGAUAUCAACCAUAUAUGGUUGGUUAACCCGAAUAAAAUAGGUGGUUCAAAUCAACAAAAGCACCAAAAUUAUGAUAAUUCUAAGCUGUCACUUCAUUCCUUCUCAGACGAAAACAUUAGGCGCAACAUUAUGUCAAGUAAAUAUGAAUCGAUUAACUCAUUCGACAUUAACAACAAAUACAAAUCUGAAUACGAUGUCAAUUUUAUUAAUGAAUAUUUACCGUCUUCUAGUCAAUCCAACACCAACAUUGAUAUCUCCUGUGAUAGUACUAAAAAUAUAUUGGACCACGAUUGCAAUGAGAUCAUAUGGUCUGACAUGGUGGAUAACCAUAUGGAAUCUAACCAAAUUUUUAAAAAUGCAAAUACCAGUAAAAUUCAUUGCCAAAAGAAUUCCCUUCCUAAAAACUUAAAUAAAUAUGGAUCCCAUCCUUAUGAAAUCUACAAUAAUCCAUAUGGUUUAAAAUCAGUAUAUACAACUCAUUUUCUAAACUUUUCAAAAUCUAAUUCAAUUAAUACUGCCGAGGUUAGUAGUAUACCUGAGCAUCAAAUCCCUCCUCCUCCAGCUUCUCCACUUUCAAGUUUGUAUAUAGGUCAAAAUAAAAAACCCAAACUUUUAGAUUAUACUCUUCAAAGUUUUUCUACGAAUUGUAAAAAAAAUGAUUUCGACAAAGGCCUAACUCGUGAAAAUCUUACCCAAGCUAAACAUAAUCAUGAUGAAUCCUCGUUUGUGCACAGGCAUCCUUCAAAAUCCUUGAAUACUGAUAAUUACAAAAGUGACGAUGACGUAAACGAGUUAUACAUAUUUAAAACUUCUUCGUUAAGAACUGAAGAUUCAAAGUGCCAAACUUCAAUGGAGUUAAAAUUAUCACAAAUAUCCGAAAAAUAUUCUAACAAUAUUAUAAGUUCUUCGGGUAUUCAGGAGGUUCAAGUUUAAUCCAGUGCCUUUAAAACUGCAACUCACACUAAUAUAGAGGUAAAUAAUCUGUAUAAUAGCCAUUUUGUACAACCUCAUAGUCUUAUCACAUACAUCACAAGGCCAGUUGCGGAAUUUCUCCGUCUUCAGAUUGUCCCCAUCAAUCUUUGUCUUUACUGCAUUCAUUUUCAGGCCUAUUUUUUUUUCUUACUUUGGAACUAACAGCUAAUGAUUAUA